AUGUCGUCAACCUUUAGCGGCGAUGAAACGGCACCGUUCUUCGGCUUCCUCGGCGCCGCUGCCGCCCUAGUCUUCUCCUGCAUGGGAGCGGCUUACGGCACGGCAAAGAGCGGUGUUGGUGUGGCCUCGAUGGGCGUGAUGCGGCCGGAGCUGGUGAUGAAGUCUAUUGUGCCCGUGGUCAUGGCUGGUGUCUUGGGUAUCUACGGCUUGAUUAUUGCUGUGAUUAUUAGUACCGGUAUUAACCCUAAGGCCAAGUCCUACUAUUUGUUUGAUGGCUACGCUCACCUCUCUUCCGGACUCGCUUGUGGUCUCGCCGGCCUUGCUGCUGGUAUGGCCAUCGGGAUCGUUGGCGAUGCUGGUGUCAGGGCUAAUGCGCAACAACCAAAGCUCUUUGUUGGGAUGAUUCUUAUCCUUAUUUUUGCUGAAGCCUUGGCUCUCUAUGGUCUCAUUGUCGGCAUCAUCCUUUCUUCUCGUGCUGGUCAGUCUAGGGCUGAUUAG